AUGGCAGAAGAUCCUAGUUCCUCAAGAGUAUGGCAUCAUCGUUGUAGCACGUGUGAAAUGACUUUUACCUGUGCAGCUGGACUCACGAAACACAUGGCCACGCAUACUAGCAAAAAGCUUUUCCAGUGUUCCAUAUGUUCGCAAAAAUUUAGCUCUAAUAGUUGUCUGGCAGUACACAUACGUACCCACUUAGGUGUCAAACCCCAUGUUUGCAAAGUGUGCCAAAAGGCAUUUACACGUACUGAUUCUCUCAAUGCGCACAUGCUUAUCCACUCGGACGAAAAACCCCAUGUUUGUAAAGUGUGCCAAAAAGCUUUUAAACGUCCUAAUUCUCUCAAUUUGCACAUGCUUAUCCACUCGGACGAAAAACCCCAUGUUUGCAAUGUGUGCCAAAAGGCUUUUACACGUCCUAAUUCUCUCAAUUUGCACAUGCUUAUCCACUCGGACGAAAAACCCCAUGUUUGCAAAGUGUGCCAAAAGGCUUUUACACGUCCUAAUUCUCUCAAUUUGCACAUGCUUAUCCACUCGGACGAAAAACCCCAUGUUUGCAAAGUGUGCAAAAAGGCUUUUACACGUCCUAAUUCUCUCAAUUUGCACAUGCUUAUCCACUCGGACGAAAAACCCCAUGUUUGCAAAGUGUGCAAAAAGGCUUUUACACGUACUGAUUCUCUCAAUGUGCACAUGCGUAUCCACUCGGACGAAAAACCCCAUGUUUGCAAAGUGUGCCAAAAGGCAUUUACACGUACUAAUUCUCUCAAUUUGCACAUGCUUGUACACUCAGACGAAAAACCCCAUGUUUGCAAAGUGUGUCAAAAGGCAUUUACACGUACUGAUUCUCUCAAUGCGCACAUGCUUAUCCACUCGGACGAAAAACCCCAUGUUUGUAAAGUGUGCCAAAAAGCAUUUAAACGCAUGAAGGAUCUCAAAGAACACAUGCUUGUACACUCGGGUGGAAAACCCCAUGUUUGCGAAUUCUGCCAAAAAGCAUUUAAACGUCUGAAGGAACUCAAAGAACACAUGCUUGUACACUCGGGUGAAAAACCCCAUGUUUGCGAAUUCUGCCAAAAAGCAUUUAAACGUAUGAAGGAACUCAAAGAACACAUGCUUGUACACUCGGGUGAAAAACCCCAUGUUUGCGAAUUCUGCCAAAAAGCAUUUAAACGUAUGAAGGAACUCAAAGAACACAUGCGUGUACACUCGGGUGGAAAACCCCAUGUUUGUAAAGUGUGCCAAAAAGCUUUUAUACGUAUGGAUAAUCUGAAAUUGCACAUGCUUGUACACUCAGACGAAAAACCCCACGUUUGCAACAUCUGCCAGAAAGCUUUUAGAUACCGCUAUCAAUUGAAGAGACACAUGUUGGUCCACGUGGGUAAAGAUCCCCUUAUUUGCAAUGUGUGUCAUCAAGCUUUUGGGGAUAACAACACCCUUUCGACACACACCUGUCAACAAAUUCAAACGGGAUCGAAACUUCCGGAGAUCACGUCAAGGGAUUACCAAAAAUUCAGUGCAAGUAGUACUGUCACGUCACACGCGUGUGCUUAUGUCAGUUCCAAAUCCAAAUCUCCGUCGUCUUCCAAUCGAAACGAAGUCCACUUGUCGACCCAACACUGCAAAUCCAUCUGGUGCAAAACCAGUAUUGUCCAAAAUGAUGAUAUGGUUUGGCAGUACUUCGACUGUGACGAGUGCCAAGGAACUUUCACCGAUGAAAAUAGCCUUAGACAUCACAAACUAGUUCACCAUUUUUACCGAUGUUCGCUGUGUUCAGAAUCUUUUAGACUAAACUGGGAUCGCUCGGUACACAUGGCCCGUUGGCAUUGCUUUCGUUGCAAUUUGUGUCACAGGAUUUGCACCACAGAAUCUGAUCUUAGAAGACACGAAAGGGAAGCUCACGGACUUUGA